AUGCACGGCCCUCAGGUGUUGCGGCGGUUGUGGGGCUUCCGCUGCUGCUGCUGCUGCUACCGCAGCACAAUUCCUGGUCUGCAGCAGCAGCAGCAGCAGCAGCAGCUCCUACUGAGUUUAGCAGCAGCAAGGAGAUUUUGUGGAUCUGUUGAAGCUAAGGAUGGACAGCAGCAACUGCAGCAAUACCCAGGGGAAACGCAACAGCAACAGCAACAUCAACAGCAGCAGCAACCGCAGCAGCAGCAACAGCAGCAGCAGUUGCUGCACACCCCUGUUGCAGCACCAGGUGCCUUUUCUGUGUUGAGCUAUCUAUCGGCUGACGAUCUGCAGCAGCUGCUGCCUCAGCAUGCAACUGCUGCUGCCGCUGCUGCUGCUGCUGCUGCUGCUGCUGCAUGUGGGUCCCCACAUAACCAAUACACAGAGGAUGUAGCGACAGCAGCACAGCUGCAGCAAGAUACGCAGCAGCAGUCUCAAACAGCAGCGACAGCAACAGCAGCAACAGCAGCAGCAGCAGCAGCAGCCGUUGCAUCUGCUGCUCCUCCUCCUGCUGCUUCACAUGAGGGCUCUUUUACUCCUGCAGCAGCAGCAGGAGCAGCAGCAGCAACAGCAGCAGAAGCAUCAGCAACAGCAGCAGAGGCAGCAGCAACAGCAGCAGAAGCAGCAGCAACAGCAGCAGUUGUGUCUUCUGCUGCUGCCCACAUAUAUGAUGUGGAGGUAUGCAGUGCAGCAAAUUUGUCACCGUCAGCAGCAGCAACAGCAACAGCAACAGCAGCAGCAGCUGAGUCAGCUACUGCUGCUCCUGCUGCUGCUGCUGCAGUGCCUGAUGAAUUGCUGCAGCUGCGGACAGCUGAGCAGCUGCAGCCGCAGCAGCUGCUGCGCGCAAUAGCAGCAGCAGCUGCUGCUGCAGUUGUACACCCUGUUAGUACAGACUUUUUGCUGCUGCUGCUGCAGCAAGUGCAGCAAAAGAUGGCAUACUUCUCAGUGGAGGAGUGCGUGCUGCUGCUGGAGCUGAUAGCCCGCUUUGCUGCUGCUCCCGCAGCAGCAGCAGCAACAGCAGCAACUGCAGCAGGAGGAGGAGCAGCAGCAGCAUAUUCAACCCUCCAAUCUUUUCCUGUUUUGCUGCAUGACGUGCCCUGGUCCACCGCAGCAAACAGCAGCAGCAGCAGCAGCAGCAGCACCUGCAGCACCAGGCUUCAUGAGCACCUGCGGCUGUCUGCUGCUCUGCUGCAGCAGCGCAUAGUAGGAGAAGCAGCAGAUCUGCUGCUGCAGCAGCUGCUAAUAGUGCUGCAGGCUUAUAGUUUCCUUUCUUCAGCAGGUUCGUCUAAGGCCCUGGUCGCCACGCUGCUGGACGCGGUGUACAUGCACCUCAUUCAGCAGCAGCAGCAGCAGCAGCAGCAGCAGCAAAAGGACCAACAAGUGCAGCAGCAGGAAGCAGUCUCCCUGCUGCUGCACGUUGCUGAUUUUGCUGCUGCAGUGCUGCAGCAGCACCUUCCGUCCCCAACGGAUUUGCUGCUGCUGCUGCACCUGCAGCAGGUAGCACCUCCCCCUCGUGACAGCUCUUCUGCAGCAGCAGCAGCAGCAACAGCAGCAACAGCAGCGACAGCAGCGGAAGCAGCAGCAGCAACGGGUUUGCAGUUCUAUGUAACAAGCUCCUCUCAGCAGCAGCAGCAACAGCAGCAGCAGCAGCAGCAGCAGCAGCAGCAGUUGCUGCCUAGUUUAGAUAUAUUUAAUAAAAAGUUUUGCUGCUCAUUAAGAGACAAAAAAGAUUUUGCUGCUCUAAAUAAAACCCUCAUCAAUAGGGCUUGUGAGCUAGACACUACUGCAACGGAUGCAGCAACAGCAGCAGCAGCAGUUGCACUGCUCAGUGCUGUAGCUAUUCAGCAGCAGCAGCAGGAGCAGCAGGAGCAACAAAAGGACUUGCAGCAGCAGCAACAACAACAGCAGCAGAAGCAAGCAGCCAUUCGUGUUGCUCUGCCGCUGCUGCUGCGCUGUCGUAACUCUUUGUCUCUGCAGCAACUAGUUACAGUAUGUGAAUCUCUGCUGCUAAUUGGGCAAAGACACGAGCUAGCAGCAGAUAUGUUUGCUGAUGCUGCUGCUGCUGCUCUUCCUCAGCAGCACGCGACUGCUGCUGCUGCUGCUGCUGGCCAAAGCCCCGUUGCAGCAGCAGCAGCAGCAGCAGGAGACUACACCCUGUUGACGCUUCGCGCAUUUUACGUUGGCCUCCUGCAGCAACGCCAGCAGCAGCAGCAGCAGCAACGGAAGCAGCGGCCUCAACGGCAGCAGCAGCAACAACAACGGCAGCAGCAGCAGCAACGGCAGCAGCAGCAGCAACGGCAGCACUGCGACUUCCAGCAUGAGGCAGCAAUGUCCUUCUUCCGUAGCUCGCUGGGUGCAGCAGCAGGAGCAGCAGCAACAGCAGCAGCGACACGGUCAGCAGCAGCAGCAGCAGCAGCAGCAGAUUCCUGUGCAGCAGCAGCAACAGCAGCAGCAGCAACAGCAGCAGCAGCACCUGCUGCUGUUGCAAGAGCAGGAGCAGCAGGAUCUGCAGCAGCUGCAGGCCUCUUUGAAUUCACUAAGUUUCUGAUGUUGCAGCAGCAACAGCAGCAACAGCAACAGCAGCAACAGCAACAGCAGCAGCAGCAACAGCAACAGCAGCAACAGCAACAGCAGCAACAGCAGCAGCAGCAACAGUAUUAUCUAUAG